UUCACAGACGAUUAUGCGAUAUAACUUCACUCGUCGACAAUGCUUCAUCUUGCGACUGUUCCAUUCCGAUAGCAGGUCAAGGAUUGUACAAGACAAAAGGUUUUGUAACAUAUUUUUUUUUUUUAUUGAUAAAAAUAAGACAAGUAUUUAUAUAAAAAAAAAAAAAGAAAGAAACAUACGUGCAACGUAUAUAUACUAUGAAUAGAAAAUUUAAACAAUUAUUAUAAAGAUAACUUUUAGGAUUUCCAACAUGUUUUUUGAAUCCUCUACCCGAAAGCCUGUGUUCCCCACGCGGGGUUUGCGGCAUUGCUCAAUGUACAGCGAGCACAAUCAAAGGAAUACACACAUCUCAAUGUGACCCAAAUUGCCAUCAGAGACAACCGGUAAUAUUAUUCUGUUUCAAGCGUUAAAUAAGAUUAUUAAAUUCAAUAUAUUAUUUCUUUCAAAGUUAACUUCAAGAGAUUAAAUAUUUUUUAGUUUUGCGAGGAAAUUGGCCCUUCGACUUCAGUCCCAGCAGAAAUUAAUUCCUUAUGGUCACGGUGGUCGACACCAAAAUGCAACAACAGUUGCGGUAGAGGAUUCAUGGUAGAAGUUGCAUCAUGCCAAGAUCAAGUAACGUAAAUAAGAAUUGAAGCUGAACAAUAAUAAAUAGAUGAUAAAUAAAUAAUUGUAAUAUCAAUAUUUCGUAUGAAAUAUAUAUAUAUGUAUGUAUAUAUCUAAAAUUAUAUUACCAGAGGAAAACCAGCCAUAGAUUGUAUCGGGCCAGGAUCGUUUUGGUGAGCCAACGCUCCUUUCAGGAAGUUCCCUCGAAUUCCUUGACCAUGACGAAAGGUGUGAACUUUUCUAGCUGCCCGGAUACCUUCGUUAAAUGUUAUUGCGAAGUAAACACCGUUGAUGGAAUUAUGAGAGCGACCAGACUCACAGAACCUUGCAUUUCUAUCGAAGGGUGUAUCUCAAGUAACUCUGGAACAUUCACUUUUGAAGGAGAACUUGAUCCUGGUAACAACAUAGACUUGGACGAUGUUUAUGAGAAUGAUGAUCGUGAAAGGUUCGAAGACACGUUGUGUUACUCAGACUCGGUGCGAAUACCGCGACGUAAUCUUCUGCAAGUUCACAGCGUGGAGCAGGAGGACGACUACGUGCUACGCGAAAAUAGACUUGAAAACAACAACUUUAAAGACGAGCGCGGUUAUCGUUCCGUUCUGAGAAGGCGAUCAGGCGACGAGGCCAACUAUAGAAACCAAGACGAGGAGGACGACUUGGAGGACGAGGAUGAAGAUGGGGAAGAUGAGAAAAGAGUUUUUUUCGCCGUCGCGAGGCCUGAUGAUGACGACGAUGAUGACGAUGACGACGAGGACACGGUGAACGAAACGGAGGAACCACUUGGCGAUUACGAAUCUACUGGCGGAACUAUACAAAUUGGGCUCGCCUUGGAACUUGUUGCAUUGAGUAUCUUAUUCUAUCUGUUCCUUGAAUUUUAAAUUAGGACAAGUAGGAUGAAGAUUGAAGAUAGAUUGAAUCUGCAUAAUUGAGAUGUGUGUGAUGAUAUUUCAACUUAAUCAAAUAUAAAAAUAAAGAAAUUUUGGAAUUAAUGUAUAAUUAAUUUUAUUUUACUCUAAUAAAUUUAUAUU